AUGGCCCAGACCUCAAAUUCGGUUCAGAAUCCAGAUAACCCGCCCAAGACCACCCAGCUGAGGUGGUUGGAGGAUCUGGAAAAGGAUUUCGAUAAGGCUUUUGUGGAGAUGGAUCUGACGUUGGGGGAAAUCGACGCCGAUCAGGCCGACAUUGCCUACGAAUGCAGACAGAAGAUGACCGCAAUCAGCUCUUGUUUUGCCCAGAUGGUCUGCAAAUGCCAAACUUUGGCGCACAAGAAUAACAGACUGACGGUAAGUGAAAUGAAGUGGACGUCCGGAUUUUGUGAGAUUGUUUUGGUUAAGAUUAACAGAUUCAAAGUGAUGCAAUCGUCACUUCGAUCUCAAGUUGCCGAGCUAUGUAAUAAUUGCGCAAUCGUCACCUUUUUUACACUUUCAGGACCAAGUCGAGGAGUAUCGUGACAUGUUGGCAGGUGUAAAUGCUUUGUGUACGGUCGCCGAGCGAGAAUCCCGCGAUCUGACUCUUCAGAUCCAUUCCCUCCAAUGUCAACUUUAUUCUCGAACAGCUCCGCAUGAAUCGGACAUGUUACGCAAGAAGAUCGUAAGUGAUUUUCUCCUCAGUUUUAUCGUAUUUUAGGACCAAGAGAUCCAACAUUUACGAAAUCAGCAAAUCCCAGCCGCGAAGGCCGAAGCUCAGGUCGAGAUUCUGACCAAGGAGAACCACAAACUCCGGCAGAUGUUGGGAUCCAUGCAAAGCGAGGUAUACGCAGCUAGACUGGCAGCUAAAUAUCUGGAUAAAGAACUCGCCGGAAGGUAAGUUGAGUAUAAAUUAGACGAAGAAGAGCUGUUUAGAAUACAACAAAUACAGUUAUUGGGUCGAGACAUGAGAGGAGCUGAGCAUGAUCGGCUCUGGAAUCAACUCGAAGCUGAGAUCCACCUGCACCGACAUAAAACUGUGAUCAGAGCUUGCAGAGGACGACUUCGGAACAGCACUUCCCAUUCAACGGAAGGCCCAACGCAGCUCAAAAACAAAUUAAAUAAGAAUUCGGGUAAAAUGAGAGUGGUCAAGCUGGUCAAGGAGCCCACGGAAGGCCUGGGGAUAUCCAUUACGGUAGGAAUUUUUAUUGUUGAUACUAAUAUUGAUUUUAAUUACUUAUUAAUUGCCUCAUGCAGGGUGGCCGAGAACAUGGAGUGCCGAUUUUGAUCUCGGAAAUCCAUCCAGGACAACCAGCCGAGCGUUGUGGCAAGAUGUAUGUGGGUGAUACCAUCUUGUCCGUCAACGGAAUCAACCUCCGUUCCGUCAAACACAAUGAAGCCGUCCAAAUUCUCUCCAAACAGGUAAGCGAAGGUAAUAUUUGUGAUGUAGAUGGGUCAUUCCAGAUGAUGGAAAACCGAGAACUUGAAUUCGAAGUGGUCUUUAUCUCUCCUGAUCCCGAUAGUGACGAUGAGAAUGACGUCACCAUCGAAGGCGAGGAUGGAUCCACGUAAGGAAUACUUUUAAUAGUCAUGUCUUGAGUAUAAUCUGGAUGAUUAAUUACAAACUUGAAAAAACAUCCGUGUUCACUGUGAAAGAAACAAUUUUUUAUUUUUUGGCAAGCUGCAGGUUAAAAUUGAAAAGAUGGUUUUAGUGUCUAACAUCACGAAAAUAUAUUUAAAAGAGACUUCGCCAGUUGUGGAAGGAGGGUCUGCCCUAGAAUUUGACCCCCACUUUUUUCUGUCUCAACUGAUGACAUAUAGGCUGUUAAACAACUUGGUGAAUUUUUUUCGAAAAAUUCGUCAUCAUGACCGAGAUAUGACGCAUUUUUUGAAUUUCGUUUAAUGUGAUAUAUUGUGCUAAUUUAAUGCCGAAACAUCUCAAAACUGAGUAUACAUCCGUUAUAGGCCAUGCUGAACAACUUUGUAAUUGACCCGAAGUUUGUCAGGUUACUGUAACAUACCGUAGCUCCCAUGCUCAAUCAAUAAAUCUCGAUUUUCUCGAUUUUUUUCAAUAAUUUUCUCGGAAUUUUUUUGCAUUUUUGGAAUCAGCAUCAAAUUCUGCAUCGGAUAGACUAUAUGCGCAUCUCCAGAUAGGUGUACAAAAAUGUCGUGGCGCAACCGGUAGUGGGUCGGACUACCAUUCAAAAGGUCCCGGGUUCGAGUCCGGGUGGAAGCAUAAAUGCUCAAACACGCUGCAAAUUGUCCCAAAACAGUUAGAAUCUAUUGGAACUGUGGUAAAAAUAAAUAAUAAUUAACACUCUUCCUUAAAAAGGCUAAAUUUUGGAUUUUACGAAAUUUUUGAAAAUCAUGAUUUUUGUGGGCCCAAAUCUGCUGAACAAAUGAAAAUUUUUUGUAAGCGAUUUUUUUGUUUAGAAACAACGCAGGGCACACAGAAAGACUAUUCCUCAAAGGAUUUCGUUCAAUUUUGCCCAAAACACCAAAAAGCUGAACUUUUUUGUUUUAAUCGGCGAGCACCGCCAGAACCCUCUAAGCCGAAGUAACGUCAUUCAAACGUGGAUACACAUGUUUUCCACUAUGGGGAGUCGCAUUUUUAGCAAAUUUUACAAGAUUGAACACUGUAACAUCAUGAAAUAUGUGAAUAUCUACCAAUUUUUUAAUGUAAAAUUUUUUGUGGAAAAUUUUCGCGGCUGUUAGAAAGAUAUUUGAAGGCAGCGCAAAAAACUGCUCUAGACAAAUCGGAAACGUUUCCGCGUAAGGACGCCUGAAAAUCAUUAUCUCAACUUUUUGUCAAAUGGCAAAAUACGAAAAUUUUUUGGUGUCUUGGGCAAAAUUGAACGAAAACCUUUGAGGAAUAGUCUUUCUGUGUGCCUGCGUUGUUUCUAAACAAAAAAAUCGCUUACAAAAAAUUUUCAUUUGUUCAGCAGAUUUGGGCCCACAAAAAUCAUGAUUUUCAAAAAUUUCGUAAAAUCCAAAAUUUAGCCUUUUUAAGGAAGAGUGUUAAUUAUUAUUUAUUUUUACCACAGUUCCAAUAGAUUCUAACUGUUUUGGGACAAUUUGCAGCGCGUUUGAGCAUUUAUGCUUCCACCCGGACUCGAACCCGGGACCUUUUGAAUGGUAGUCCGACCCACUACCGGUUGCGCCACGACAUUUUUGUACACCUAUCUGGAGAUGCGCAUAUAGUCUAUCCGAUGCAGAAUUUGAUGCUGAUUCCAAAAAUGCAAAAAAAUUCCGAGAAAAUUAUUGAAAAAAAUCGAGAAAAUCGAGAUUUAUUGAUUGAGCAUGGGAGUUACGGUAUGUUACAGUAACCUGACAAACUUGGGGUCAAUUACAAAGUUGUUCAGCAUGGCCUAUAACGGAAGUUUACUCAAUUCUGAGAUGUUUCGGCGAUAAAUUAGCACAAUAUAUCACAUUAAACGAAAUUCAAUAAAUAUGUCAUAUCUCGGUCAUGAUGACGAAUUUUUUGAAAAAAAUUCACCAAGUUGUUUAACAGCCUAUAUGUAAUCAGUUGAGACAGAAAAAAGUGGGGGUCAAAUUCUAGGGCAGACCCCCAUUUGAGCCUGCUUCAGCAACUCGCGAAGUGUCUUUUAAAUUAAGUCUGUAUGCAGUCCGGACUCACAUCAGGUCGGAAAAGUUUUUUUUGAGAGUGGGUCCGAACACGAAUGUUUUAGCCCAAUCAAAUGAUGAUGACUUGUUUAGAUUCAAUCUGUACGAAAACAUGGAAUCGCCCGAGGCAAUGCACGUUAACAGCAGCACUUGUUCGGCGAACUCGGGUCGUUCUUCGGUGGCCUCCUCCACCGAUCCUCCUCAUCCAAUUUCCCCCUCCAAAGAACCCUAA